AUGAGCAGUGACAAACACUCAGCAUCUACGACUCUAGAUGACAUAAUCAACGAGCUUAAGUUGACGUACGACUCGUCGGUGGGUCUUCUAGAUGGAGAUUCGCUACGGACGAUUCCAAAUACGAACACUUUGUUAAACUUAAGCAAGUUGUUAAAUAAAUUAUCACGUGAGUUGAAUGAUGUAGAACUGGAUGACGACCUGAUAUUGGCCAAAAUCAACCUGGGGCUCAAUAAGAAUGAAGACGAGGACGAAGAAGACAACGAGAAAGAAAUUGAGGACGAAAACAAGAAAAGGUCUUUUUCUGACGCUGUAAGCGAUCAGGACGACGACGACGAAGAUUCUGUAUCGCUAGCCAAGAGACGUAAAGUGAGCACAGGAACCAAGAUCAAGCUGGAACAAGACGAAGAACAGACUAAGUCGCUGAUCGACGAAUCAGAACAAGUCAAUUCAAAAGAUGAUCCGGUACCGCCUGAACAAAGUGGAUCUUUUACAAAAGAAAAUGAUACCAGAUUGAAAAACCCAAAGUCUGAGUUUGUUAGUUCGCAGACUUUAUCAGCCGCAGCUAUAGCAGAAUUAGGAUUGUUUUCAGAAGACAAUAAUGGGUUGGAAACUCAAGGCAAAGAGUAUCUCAAAAAGAAGUAUGGUGUAGCAUCUUAUCCGGAAAACGAUCUAUUAAACCUUCUUCCUGGCAAGAUCCCCAACAUAGAUUUCUCCAAGAACAAGCCACCCAGUAACCAAGUUCAGUUCACAACUUUCCAGUCGUAUAUUGAAUCAUUCUUUAGGCCCUUUCUGAGCGAAGACCUUGAGUUGUUAAAUGAGAGAAAUAUCAUUCCACCUGGAUUUGAAAAGCAAGAGUAUGAUCCGGAUGUGAGUCCAUUUCUCAUUCCCAAGUUGGGAAAGUUCUAUGCUGACUUGUGGGCAGAUGAAGAUUCGACAUUAAGUUCAAAAUUGAACUCUCCUGCUUAUCAGCAAGCAGCUCCGGACUCAUAUAAGCCUAAAGGAACGUUUGAUAACUUGACAGACGAUACGCUUUUCACUGAAGAAAUCUCGUGUGGGCCACUUUCUAGUAGAUUGCUUUCUGCUAUCUUAAGUAACAACGACGGCUCCGAUGAUUAUGAGGAGAAGGAAGAAGGAUCAAACGAGGAAGAUCCAUCAUCAAAUCUCAACUUGGACGAUGAAGUGGCUACACAACUCAACAGUGGAGAGGACUACAAGUUGACUGCUGAAGCUAACGAUUUUCACUCGAUAGAAGAGAGGCUCAAGCGUGAGUUGAAGUACAUUGGCAUAUUCAUGAACCUUCCGUUAUCGAAAGAAGACAGCAAGUUCAAAGGUAAGCAAAAUGGCAGACCUAAGAAAGCUGGUAUAAGCAUUAUAGAUAACGACGAAUGGGUCAAAAAUAAAGAAGAUGACGAAGUGUGUGCUGAAAUAAGAGCGCACCAGAAGGAGUUAAGGGAGGUGGUCAGCAGGAAUAGACUGAACAGAAAGAAGUUGAUUCCGAUAAUCGAAGAGCAGAUCGCCUACCAAGAAUAUUGUACUAUAUUGGAAGAUCUCGACAAGCAAGUAGACCAAGCGUACAUGAAGAGGCUUAAGGGUAAGAGCAAGAAGAAGAAGGUGGACGUUACUACUCCUCAACAGCAGGCCGUUAACAGUGGAUUGAGAGCCUUAUUAGAAAAGAGACAGAGGUGGAUAAACAAUAUCGGUAAUCUUUUCAGACCCGGUGAGAUCAUGAAGAGAGUACCCAGCGAGUCUAUAUUAGUUCAAGAAGGAACGGUAGAACAAGAAACUAUUGAUGACGACAAUACCGAUGCCGUAUCGACUGCCGUGGAUAUCCUUGCUGAUAAGUCUUGA